AUGGUGGCCCAUGAAGACUUGGUUUACCGGAACCACGUGGAAAGACUGAACCAACCAGAAUUCAGAAGCACCCGUUACCUUGACAGCCUGACGUCUCCAAGGGUAAUGAGCUCCCACGUGCCACUCCGAUACCUUCCACGCCAAGUAUGUACACAGAGAACCAAGAUAAUUCUGUUGGGAAGAAACCCCAAGUCAGUGGCUGUGUCCUUCUACAAAACGACGAAAGGCAUGAUGUCCACUGAAGGAUGUGAAGCAGGAUUAGUGACGGUCAAGGAAUAUGGUGGGAAAUGGGAAGACUUUCUUGAAAUGUUUCUGGAAGGGGAAGUCACUGAGAAAGAAAUAGUGAUCAACUCCAGAGGUUCAAAGGAAAUUUUCCCAUAA